UGACUCGGCUCCCAAGUUGCCAGCUGCGAAGUUUGCGCCCGGUGCUGCCGCGGCCCGGGAACUCGGCCACCCCAGGCUCGCGCUCCUCCAGGCUGGGCCCAGGCUGCUCGCCUCUCCAUCUGCCCAGCACGGACACCUCAGGCGGCCACAGAGAGGACGAGUCUGCGGGGAAGAUGUGGAAGGCUCCCGUGCUGCUCUUGGUUUUGGGGAGCGCGUGGCUCUGGGUCCCGGCGCAGGGAGCCAUCACAGGCCAGCUAGAAGAUGACCUUGUGACCCCAGGUGCAAAAGACGACUCAGCUACUCCAGCUAUAGAAGACAACAUCGUGACCACAGGCACCACUGAAGAGUUCUCUGCAUCUUCUGGCCCAACGGCUCUGGCGCCAACAAAUGCAGAGAGUAGAACAGACGUUCCCAUUGAGGAUCUGCCCACCCAAGAAGGCUCAGUCCACACUCACGAAGAAAGCCAUAGCACCACAGUCCCUGAUGUAGCAACUAGCCGCUCCAAAGAGAAAGUAGCUGAAGAGACAGAAACAACAGUCGAGAAAGAUGGCUUGGCCACAGUGACUCUGGUCGGAAUCAUCGUUGGGGUCUUACUGGCCAUCGGUUUCAUCGGAUGGCUCAUCUUUGUGGUUGUGCGGAAAAUGUCGGGAGGGUACUCACCCUAAUGAGCUGAAGGAUCCUGCCGUUCCAUCAAAGUGUUGAAGAAGAGCCUCUGACUCCCCUCAUUCCCAUUCCCCGAGCUCACAGGAGAAGAUGACCCAUGAAUGCUUGCCCACCCGGGUCAGAAUCCAUGGCGAUCCCUCCACUUGCCAAAAGGAAGCACAAGAAGGAUGAUUCACAAGACUUGGCUCCUCUAAGCAUUUACCUUUUGAAAAACAUUUUAAAUACAAACUUUAUACAAGAUCAUUUGAAAGGACAAAAUGCACAGAAAAGGGAACACAACCAGGUGACCUGAUCUGUAACCAAGACAGUACCACCUAGUGGGUGCUGGAGGUGUCCCGUCAUUUUCUGUUAUGGUUAAAAUGCAAAGCAAUCUGGGAGUGUUUAUGUCCGCUGAGUCCUUAGGUCCAGUGCUCUGCCGGUAAGUGGCACCGGCGUUUUGCAAUUGCUGAUCUGUUGAAAUGACACGUUGAGGGCCAGCAUGGGCUGGUUUUUACAGGCUCAUGGGGUAUGAAUAAUCAAAUGGAGAGUCCAAACUUGGAUAAGAUGUGAUCAAGCAACUGCCUUUAGAAGGUCCAGAUAAACAUUUCAAAGCCAUCACUUUAGAUUACCAGCAGGAAGUCUGUACCUGGUGCUGUGCUUCUCACAAGCUCCCCGAGCAUCUUCCAAGCCAAACCAUGAUGCUGAGGUUUGGUCCCAUCUGGACACGGGGAACCAGAGUCCAGGGGCAGCCUUCCCUCUUCCCUAGGACCAAACCCUCCAGAUUGGCUGCUUUGUUCUGAGCAUGGAGAUCUCAGCCCCAGAUGUGGAGGAAACUGCUAAGUGCUUCGUGGUGCCAGAGGCUCAACCAUUCUAGAAACCAAGAACCAAGCCUGGUCCCCAAGCAGAAAGAAGCUCUGGGUGUGCCUCUGACAUGGGAAGUAAAACCCGCCAGUUUUUUAACAUUUGCUUUCUGCCUCCAAGGAAUGUUGGGGAGAGCAAGACAUAAUCUUGUACAAUACUGAUUU